UAAAAUAUUCAUCUUUCACUAUUGUUGUUAUCUUUAAUAUAAAACUGAAAGUGUAACUAUUUCAAUUCAAAGUAUAUCGAGUCCGUAGUUGUUGUCCCUACUUUGUAAGUAAAAUUCCAGCCCAGAAUAGACAUUUGUAAGCCACGUAACAAGCAGCACAUGUUGAGUUUUGUAUCUUAAUUGUGCCAGUUUUUCAAAAAUAUAAUUCAGGACAUACCUAUUAGAAAAAAAAAAGAGAAGAAAGCAAAGAUGACAGAACUACUAAUAUCAAAAAUAGAUUCUCCUGAAUUUCAUGCUUUAUUUACUCCCCAACUGGAAAUACUUAUCAAAGUGUUUAAAAAACACAACCAUAUGCUCAGGAUUACUGGUGGAGCAGUACGAGAUCUUUUAAUGGGGAUAGGGCCAACUGACAUUGACUUCGCUACAACAGCCAGCCCUGAAGAAAUGAAGGUAAUUUUUACUGAAGAAGGUAUCCGAAUGAUUAACCUGAAUGGCGAAAAGCAUAAAACUGUCACUGUAAGAAUUAAUGACAAGGAAAACUUUGAAAUUUCUACACUUCGAACAGAUUCAGCAAUUGUCAAGGGAGCUGCUACACAAGAACUUAAUUCAUAUUGGCAGCAAGAUGCUAACAAAAGAGAUCUCACCAUAAAUGCAAUGUUUCUCGACUUUGAUGGUGUCUUAUAUGAUUAUGUCAGUGGUCAGGAAAACCUGAAAAGCAAAGUUGUGAGAUUUGUUGAUAAUCCAGAAGAUAGAAUCCAGGAGGAUUACCUCAGAAUCCUUCGCUACUUCCGGUUUUGGGGCAAAAUUGCUUCUGCAUCCAGUCAGCACAACCCUGAUACUUUGCUUGUCAUCAAAAAUAAUGCUCAUGGCCUAUCUAAUGUUUCUGGUGAACGUAUCUGGCAGGAGUUAAAGAAGAUUGUGAAUGGUCCCCUUACUGCUGAUAUGAUGUCCACAAUGUUUCAUCUGGGGAUACUUAGCUAUAUUGGAUUGCCCAAGACAAGUAAUAUUAACGAAUUCCAAAAAGUAUGUGAUAAUUGCCAACAACUGUCACCAUCACCAAUAACUUUAAUUACUGCAUUGUUAGAAACAAACAACGAGCUUCUGAAUUUCCAGAGUCGUGUAAAAAUCUCGACUGAUGAGCUCCGACAAGGGACAUUUAUUAUCCAGCAACGAAACACACUGAACGCUACAGAUGAUAACAUUAGCUAUUGCCAGCAGUUACUAAUGGACAGAAAAGAACAUAAUAUCAAAUCUUAUAUCAAAGAACUACUGAAGUACAAUGGUAAACACGAUGUAUUAAAGACUUUUGACCAUUGGGAUCCACCAAAAUUUCCUGUCUCUGGACACGAUUUGCUAGCGCGCAAUGUUCCAAAAGGAUCACUUUUUCAGAAAAUUAUUUCCAAAUUGAAAUGUAUUUGGAAAGAAAGUAAUUACUCUAUGAAAAAAGAUGACCUACUUGAUAUGGUUGAGCAAAUUUUAGAAAAUUUAAAAUAAAAACAUAUAAAGGGGGGUAAAAAAAAAAAAGCAAGCAAAAUUUCUUGUAUUUCACCCGGCUGUUGAGCCUUGACUACAGGUGCCACCAACCUAAACAGUCAGUCUUUUUCAAAUUAGAAGCAGCUAAAUAUAUAUUCAUAUAUUGAGCCCACAUGAGGAGAGUAAAAGUGAACAGGCAAAAAUUCAUGCCUUCAAUAACUUAUAUUUCUAAUUAAAUGACAUAUAAUGUACAAAUAAAUGAACAAUUUGAAAUUUCUAAAAGAAAAUAAAUAUUGAUUUCCAAUGUUUCGUU